UAGCGCAUUCAGUGACAGAAGAAGACACUUCACGAUAUUACCAGAAUGUUUAGGAAAGAAAUGCAGUUUCAGCACUGGAGUGACUGUAAUAACAGGUGUAAUUGUAACUAAUUCACUUAUUUUGCGAUAUCAAACAAGCCGCUUUUAUGAGAGAGCACUCGGAGCAGCAUUAUGUCAGUACAUUUUGAUGAGAGGAGCGGUGUAGUGCCAUGUAAAACAGCAUGGGGCUCAUGGUAUCAGACUAUGGAAGAGGUUUUCAUCGAAGUCAAUGUCCUUCCUGGUACUUCAGCCAAAGACGUCAAGUGUAACAUCGGCAGCAAACAGAUUGAGCUUCAUGUCAAAAGCCAACAAAUAUUCAAGGGUAAGCUGUUUGGAUCCACAGUCAGCGAUGAAGCUAUGUGGACGUUAGAGGACAAGAAAUUGAUCCGGAUCGUUCUGAUGAAAACAAAUCGAGAGGCUGGGAACUGCUGGCAGUCUCUGUUGGAGGGAGAGUAUGCAGCUGACCCGUGGGUGCAGGAUCAGAUGCAGAGAAAACUCACACUGGAAAGGUUUCAGAGAGAGAAUCCAGGGUUUGACUUCAGUGGGGCAGAGAUUUCUGGGAACUUUCAUGGUGGUGGACCAGAUUUCUCCAAUUUGCAAAAAUGAAAAUAGACCUCUUCAUUUCAUCUACUGAUAUAUUUUCAGUCACUUCUAAUGGAGUUAUUUUUUGUUUGCUUGCUAAGAAGAAUAAAAGCAUAUGACACCAGGCUGUCGAUAAAGCCAUAAUCAUCCACAAGCAGCCUUUUGAUUCAAGUCUUUCCAUGGCAGUUCAUGCCAGGUUUUGGUUUUGUAAUUGACAAAAGUUGUUUUAGAAGACUGUUGAAUCAGCUCUUCAGUGUUGUGUUUCUGUGUCAAUGUUAUUAAAGGUGAGCAACACACUGUGGCACCAUCAAACAAAGCAUUGUUGUUUCAGCUGGCACAACACAAACACUGGCUCUACCAAUGGCAUGAGUUUACCCUACCAAUAUCAACAGGUGCAGUGUUCAGAAAGUCUGGUUGUAAACAAAUUUGUAAAUAACUUCAGGUUCUGGUCACCAAAAAAAUAAAAGCAAUAAAACAAGCACAGGUAUUGAAGCAUUUCAAUAUAUUUUAUUGAAAGGUCCAACUACAUAAUUUGCAGGGUGCAGCUCCCAUUUUCAUUAGAGCCCAAACAAAAAGGAGUUUAGCAUGCGUAUUUGCGCAGAAAUUAAACUUUCACCAAUUUUAAUAAUUUUGGUUAGUGUUGACCGUUUGUAUCGGGUACGAACAAUUGGCCAGUUACUAGAAACUUUAGUGUAACCAAAGUUAAAAUAAAUUUUGCCUGGUAUGCCAAAAAAACAUUAAAUUUUCCAUUAAAGGCAUAUUAAAUGUUAAAACCUCAGACAUCCCGUUUUCAUCAUGCCAUGUUAGAAUACAGAACACCAUAAAAAAAAGAAA